AUGACACAACGCAAAGGCGAGAAACCCACCAUCAGCAUCCAGGAGCACAUGGCCAUUGACGUGUGCCCUGGCCCCAUCCAGCCCAUCAAGCAGAUCUCCGACUACUUCCCCCGUUACCCGCGGGGCCUCCCCCCUGCUGCGCCCCACCAAGUGGGCCACGCCGGGCCCCUGAGCCCUGCCCUCUCCGCCACCUCGGCCACCACCUCGGCCACCGCCUCGGCCACCGCCGCUGUCGAAAGUGACCGCCCAAAUGAGGAUAAACCAGAACGGGCUUGUGCCGGAGCCUCCGCCCCCUUGCAGGCCACCAAGAGGGACGAGGAGCCUGACGUGGAAGGAUACGACUCCGAUGACUCCACUACAUUGGGGACCUUGGAAUUCAGUUUGCAGUAUGACCAGGAGAACAAUGCACUUCACUGCACCAUUAACAAAGCCAAGGGGCUCAAGCCGAUGGACCACAAUGGGCUUUCUGACCCCUAUGUCAAGUUGCACCUACUGCCCGGAGCCAGCAAGGCCAAUAAACUUAGAACCAAGACCCUGCACAACACUCUCAACCCUGUCUGGAGCGAGACCUUGACCUACUACGGCAUCACCGACGAGGAUAUGGUCCGCAAAACACUCAGGAUUUCAGUGUGUGAUGAGGACAAAUUCCGCCACAACGAGUUCAUCGGGGAAACACGAAUCCCCCUCAAGAAGCUGAAGCCCAACCAAAUCAAAAACUUCAACAACUGCCUGGAGAAACAGCUACCUGUCAACAAGACAGAAGACAAGUCCCUGGAGGAACGAGGGCGCAUCAUGAUUUCUCUUAAGUACAACACCCAGAAGUCUUGCCUGGUAGUAGGCAUCAUACGCUGCGCUCACCUUGCCGCCAUGGACGCCAACGGCUUCUCCGACCCCUACGUCAAAACGUACCUGAAGCCUGAUGAGAACAAAAAGUCAAAGCACAAGACUGCUGUGAAGAAGAAGACCCUCAAUCCAGAGUUCAACGAGGAGUUCUGUUACGACAUAAAAUAUGCAGACCUCACCAAAAAGACCUUGGAGGUGACAGUGUGGGACUACGACAUCGGAAAGUCCAACGAUUUCAUAGGUGGUGUAUCUCUGGGUAUCAAUGCAAACGGAGAGAGGCUCAAACACUGGUUUGACUGCCUUAAAAACAAGGACAAGAAAAUUGAGCGCUGGCACACGUUGACCAAUGAAUUACCUGGUUCAUUAAAUGACUGAAGACCCAAAUCCUGUCGUCCAACCUGUUGGCCCCCGUCCCCCGCUGGCUGCACCAGAUAGGACACCUGCCUUCAUUUUCCAUACUCCUCCUCCCAGCUUUUUGUCUCUGGAUUUUCCUCAUGUUGGCCACAGCGACCUGUGACACCUCUUUGGGAAUACAUUUCCUCUCAACAGGGCUCAGUUAACAAUAUCCUUAUAUUUGUGUUCACAUGUACAAUAGGGGUUGCAUGGCUGCUCAUUUCUUUUUCAUUGAAAAUUCAAUCAACUAAAUAAAUCAAGGGGAUUGUAGUGUUGGAUUUUAAGCUUCAUAAUUCGGAUUUCUUGUUUGAUCAUUGAAGACAAAAGGAGCAAAUGCUUUCUAUUUGAUGAGAUCUUUUACAGCUGCUAAAUGAUUUACCAGUGAUUCACCAGUCCCUGAAACAGCACAAACAAAGCCUUCAUACGGUCACCUUGGUGGUACAGUAAGAGUGGAGAAUCUAACAAAGGAUGUAGCAACAUUUUACAUUGUUGUGAGUAUACAGAAAUGUUUAGUUGAAGUCGAUAACUGAAGAUGUUGCACUUUAUUAUAAUUUUAAAACUGUUGGGUGGCGAAGGUCCAGUUGUCGUUCACGACCACGUAAGCAGUUCCAACACAACGAAAUCUGGAGCAUUUAUCCUUUAGUUUUAAUCAUUCGGCCAGGUGAGAACAAUGUCAUAACUUCCUUAAAAUACUUGACAAGUUAAGGCCUCCGUAUGCUUCAAACUAAUUAAAUCGUGCAAGUUGCUGUCUGACCGAGA